AAUGUUUAAAAAAUAAAAGAUAAGUUGUUAAUUGAACAAUUGGCCAUUAAUAAUCAUUAGCUGAGUUCUUUGUUGAAGGUUGAUGAUUCGAUAUGCUCACAUAGAUGAUGUUUGGUCUUUCAGGUUUAACUAUAGACAUAUGGCUAAUACUUUAUCCUUGUAUAGAACGGUUAAACGGUUAGGAAUACCUGAUGAGAGGAUAAUACUCAUGCUGGCAGAUGACAUGGCUUGCAACGCUCGAAACAAGUACCCUGCCCAGGUUUUCAACAAUGAAAAUCACAGGCUCAACCUCUAUGGUGAUAAUGUUGAGGUGCGUAUAGUCUAUUCUAAUAACCUUCCGCUUUCCUCCAGAAAACUAAGCAGUUUUGUUAUGUUUAAUACUAGUUCCAUUGAGAUUGAGGGAUUAAGCAUUGUUGAAAUGAGUGCCAUUUUCAGAAUAAUUGUAAAAAGUGUCAGUCCAUCCUGGAAGUUGGAACGCUAUACAAAUAUGUUAAUAUGUUCUCUUAAAGUGAUAAAUGUUCUGAUGAAUGUAUUUCCUGAUAUAUUGUUUCUAGGGCCUCUCUUAAUCUGUACACCUAGAACAAGUAAUGGGAGAUUGAGAUAGAUGUCCAUCACCGUUAUUUAAUUCACCAAUAUAUUGCCUUACACGAACUAAUGCUUAAAAUGUUCUGUUUUAUGGAUGUUUCUGCUGAUAAUUCAUCGUGUGUGCAUAAUCUUUAGGAUUCUUUAUUUCUGCUGAUUCAGUAUUUAAGAGCAAAUGAUAUACAAUGGUGGCUAACUCUUAUGACUGCACUUUUUUUGUCGCAAUUGUGAUAUACAACGAUCUAUUUAUAGCAAAAGUUGCUGCUUUUGUCUUUCAUCUUAACUAAGGAAAGACAUGGAUGCCUCUCUCAAUCUCACCACUUGGCAAAAGAAUA